CUUAACAAAGACAGUAAACCCCAAAAAAUUGGAUUUUGGAAAACCUUUUUCACUGGAGAAGAUAUGCGUUUAUACGAAGCAAAUAUUACUCGGAUUAAUAUUUUUGGAUAAACUUCGUUUCCCAAUGAAAAAGACUCAUCAUUGGUUACAUGCUCGGAAUGUAUUUAUCGAUCAAGGAGUUUGUAAAUUAUCUGGCUAUGAAAUCGAACUCGUACAAAUGAGAACGAAGUACAUUCAGGAAUCGAAUGAUGAUCGGGCAACGCUCAAUGCAGUUGGCCAAAUUGUAUUUGAGAUGGCUACUGGAUUUCCUGUGAAUUAUGCAUCAAAUGCUCAACUUGAUCCUUCAAAGAAACAGAUGAAAACAAGGCAGAAAGAGAAACUGAAAGAUAUUCAUUUUGAACAUUUGAAAACAAAGUGUAGACCUGAAAUAGUGCAGUUGGUACAAUUCCUUUGUGAUGAAGAUAAAUGUGCUUCACUGCAUGUUUCAAUUCAUCAUCCUUUCUUCGAUCAAGUAACAAAGUUCAAUCCAACAGAACCAGAGAAUGCAUCAAUCAUAGCUGUCAAGACACUGUUUAAUCAAAUAUGUCGAGAUGCUUCAAAGCAAAUUAAGAGCGUUCCUUCCACCUCACAAUGCUCAGCGGAAACUGAAGCAAAUUCAUUCAAACGAGAUGGAGUUUAUGGAACCAGUUCGAGAGUAUAAAUUAUUAUUAUAAGUUUUUUUCAUCUGUUUAAAUCUGUUUAUAUUGAUUUUACUAAAUUGAUAUUGAUUAAAUGUAUUCUGAUCAAUAAAUUCUCUGAUCUCGAUUUUAUUAUCGAAAUGGGC